GGGUUCCUGGAGGGUGUGAUAGGAGAGUCCAAGGGAAGCUUGUGGCCAAGACACCUGUUGGUGUGUCUGCUGCCAUCAAGCGAUGAGGGAGUUUGGGAAAAUCUCCUCAUCUCUCUGGGCCUCAGUUUCCUCAUCUGUAACAUAAGGUUGUUAUUCAACUUCUCCAAAGUCCCUUACCACUCAGUCUCUCUGAGAGCAUGAGGGACUGAGGUGCCUGUUAAACGUGUCCUGGGGACUGGGGCUGAGACCUGACUUGGUCCCUUGUCUGUGUGUCUCCUGCAGGAGCCCGGCUGAGCCCACACUGGAAACAGAACCGAGGGGUCUAUGGAAGACAGAAAACCAGCAGGUGUGGAGCAUGAGAAUAACCUGGAGAAGGACAAAGGUAAUGGUGGAACGGUGGUUGCCCAAGGACCUGAGAAUACGGGCAAGUUGAGCUCAGAACAAUCUGGAGAAACUGAGGAAUGUGUUCAAUAGCAUCCAACCCUGCAAGGAGCAGCCUGAGGUGAGCAGUGAGGACUGGGGGUGUAACGCACUCCACAGUGAACGGUGCAUCUGCCAAGGAGCCCCACAGGACGGACGGGGGUUGGUUUGCACUGCCGGGAAGCACCGUUGCUAACGGUAGGAUGGUGUGACCAUGAGGCUCUGCCCCAGUCCCCGAGCUUCGACGUUGGAGCUGCCCUGACAGUGGAUGGCCUCCAAGGAAGUGUGGGUUUGGAGGGAUCAAUGGCGUUUGGAUCAGAUUUGGAGAUGUCCAUUCUUACCACAAAUCGUUUUGCCCUAAGGCGAGGAGGGGCCAGGGCAGGGGACCCUUGCAUCUGAAGUCAUAAUAGUAAUAAUAUUCUUCUGAAUUUCUGGUCAGGAAUGUGGAAGGCUUUACACAUAAUAUCUGUUAACCAGUGAUUUUCUUGACUAUUGGUUGAGUGCUUCAUUUUCCUGAGGCUGUGUUCAGAACUUGGAAAUCAAUACGAUUUCCCAAGGAAGACAAAGCAGUGGGAGAACGAUGCAAACACAAUGUGGUAGCUCUCCUGAACUGGGGUGUUCUGUUGUGACAGAGCAGAGGAUUGGAGUGGGGGGCCAGGCCCAGGACAUCUCUUCCCAAUGACAGAGUGAGCCAUUGAGAGGAAUCCCUGAGGAGAACCCCGUCUUCAUCAGAGCUCACCACAGGGCAGUGUCCUGGGACAUGGAGAGGGUAGGGCAGGUUCCUCUCUGAGGGAGGGGAUUCGCUACCUCUUGGGAGAAAGCAGGGGCCCCUGAGUGGACAUUUGUGACUGGAAUGGAGUUGAGAUGGUCAGAGAUUGGCAGCAACUUGUAUUUGAUCAGUGAAAGGAAGUCCCUGAGGGCCUCCUCAGUGCUUGGCUCGGUGCUAGGAACCCCGAAUACAGUGGUCCCUGAGGGCCUCCUCAGUGCUUGGCUCGGUGCUAGGAACCCCGAAUACAGUGGUGAAUAACACAUUCUCCCAACUGUCCUGGGGAUCUCAGUCUGGUAAACAGGAAGUCAUGAGAAGUGUAGUGGUGGUGGGUUCCUUGGAGGAAAUGGCCAAAGCUCCCUGGCGAUGACCUCGGUGAUUGUCCUGGUCUGCCUGUGUGUUUGCCAACAGCUGGGUGACCUGCCUUGGCCCAACAGCCCUGGAGCCUCAGCCAGAUUUCAGCCUUUUAGGACACAACUGACACCCGGGGUCCAUGGUGCUCCAACCAGUCAACACUGCCAAGGUCUCCAGAGGAAACGGCUGGCAUCUGUAGCUACUACCCACUGUGUCUUGGCCAGCUGGGGAAACAGAGGCAACUUCACUAAAUCUCAUAGGGUCAUCCUCUCCAUAAUGACCAGUGAUGAUCUGUCUUCCUCUCUGCUGCUGACUCUCCAGUGCUGUGGGGUGUUGUUCAAGUUGUUCCCAAUAUCCCCAGCUCUACCUCUUCUGCCACAUGUCACCAUGGCAGCACCUCUUGACCCGGUGUCUGAUCCAGGGACAGAAGUGAGCCUCCUGGAACUCAACCAGGAGCUUCAAUCCAAGCUGGAAGCAAGCCAGCAGGACUUCCGAGACCUCAGAGAGAAAUUCCUUGUAUCCGAAGCUACUGCCUACUCCCUGGCCAACCAGCUGCAGAAAUAUAAGUGUGAAGAGUUGAAAGACAUCAUCGAAUCCAUGCUGGGGCAGACGCUGCAGUGUAAGCAGGGGAACUUGGCAGAGACCUUGACCGAGAAGCUCAGGCAAUAUCAUAUCCUGAUUAAAGCUCAGGCUGCAGAGCUGACCCAGUUGUGGCAGAAGUUACGGGAAGGGAGAGAAGUUUCUGAGCCAGUCGAUCAGCACCUCAAGGACCUCCUCACCCACGAUGACCCCGAGCGUUCCCAAGGCCAGGCCUUCCAGGAGGAAGUGGCCGAGGGACGCAGGCUGGCAGAGUGCCUUGCCCGCCAGCUCAGCCCCGAAGAUGAGGAGGAGGAGGAGGAGGAGGAGGAGGAUGAACAAGCAGAAGAAUCCCUCACCACCAGCAUGGAGCUUCCGGAAGCUGAAAAGAAGGAAGUCCUCCAGGACACGCUGAAUGAAUGUGUUUUGACUCCUUCCAUUGGCCAAGAAGGGCGUGACUGCUACCAGCCUUACAGGGAUGGCACGUUCCCAUCGGAUAAACAGGAAUUCGGCUCUGCUCUGGAUGUAGCCUGUGAAUGCUCCCAUUGCAAAGGGGAUGAAACUCCACCCGGUUCCCCAGACAACCAAAUUGGUCACGAGGGGCUGAAAGGGCGAGAGUCAGAUGCCCCCAGGAGCACCGCCAUCUUCUUCCCUGAGGAACUGGAAGUCUCCUCUGCUCUGGAAAUGGCCAAAAAUCAGACCCAUCAAGAGGAGGAACAAGACCAAGACCUGACAUGCGCCAGGUUCGGCAGGGAGCUGCAGGAGAAUGCAGAGCAGGAUGUCCAACAGGACUCACUGGAUGAACGCUAUUUGACUUACUCAGCUCUUCCUGACCCAUCUGAUUCCCCCUGGACACACAGGAGGGCCAACAUCAACUCAUAUGAGGAUCUGGAUGUCUGUCCUGCUCUGGAAGCAGCUAACAAUCAUAAUGAUCUUUGCGAUGAAGAAGACCAGGACCCGACAUGCCCCAGCAACACCAGGCUCUGCAGGGAGCUGCCAGUGGCCCCAGAGGAUGAAGUCCCACAGGACUCAGUGGGGGAAUGUAAUUUGACUCCUUCUGUUGGCCAUGACCUGUCAGACACCUAUAGGCCUUAUAGGAGUGCCUCAUUCACCUCUGACCAACAGGAAGUCUUCGUGGGCGUGGAUGUAGAUGCCCCGAUGCAGGUGCCCGGUCCCCAAGGGCCAUCGAGUGGAAACUUGACUUUCCCAAGGACGGAGGUGCAAGCUUCACAAGCACCGCCACAGUCAGAUACCCAGGUGGCCAAUUCUGUGCCAGGGCAGCCGGACCAGCAGUUGGCUUGUGGUGACCGCAGAGCCAGGCUCCGCAUCUCCCCCGCCAUCAGGAGACUGGCAGCCACGAUGGUUUCUGGGAGCCAACGGCCGCUCUUCCAAGAGCAGGGUUUGGAAGCUUCCAUGGGUGUGAAGAACCCUCCCAAGCUGGAGGGUGACGCUGCUGAGGGCUCAGUGGCCAACCAGUGUGCAGGUCAAGUCUUUGGCCACGUUAAUGCCCUGGGUGUGAUGAAACAGAAGAUGAUCAAGAGAAAAGUGCAGUUCGGCGAGGGCAGACUCGCGUGCAGAUUCCGUGGCCUUCAAGCAUAGGGCACAGAGAUACCAAGGACUCCAGGAACUAAGAAAAGAUACUCCUCAUUUAAACGAAACCCCAUCAUAAAACCCCAUCAUUCUCCACUUGCUGAAAAGAACUCUAAAGCAGCAAAUCAAGCUCAAGCCCAAACAGAACAUGCCAGGGAUCCUUAGCUGAGAAUCGACAUCUCGAUCACAAGCCACUCUCUGGGAUUUUUACUCCAAAAGUCUGGUUUGAUGAGAGGAAUUCUCGCUCUUCUGACUCCAGUCGUGAUAAGUCGCCGAGGCAGCCAAUGCCCGGACCACACGCCCUUGUGAGACACCUUCAGUCUGGCUCCUCUCCAUUCCAUCCUGCGGAUAAGCGGAGGCUGGAGCAACGUGGCAAUAGACCCCAUGUCCAACUGGACAUUCUGGGCCACCCGCUGGGCUGUGCCAGGAGCAGACAGCAUUAACUACGCAGCGUUCUUGCUGAAGAGGCUUAGCCUGAAUCUGAGCACGAGGUAGGGAUCGGACAACUGCAGAAUUUCGACCAUGGAACAAGACAUCGGGCCUGUCUUUCUUCAAACAGCCAGUAUCCACAGCACAAAUAAGACGACAAAAAGGAGAAGAGAUAUCUUGGGUUCCAAAGGACUCAGAAGAUUGUGCUAUCGUAAUUUUGUAGUCCUUUCGAACCCCAAACAUCUCCUCACCUUUCUGUGGCUGUCUCUGGUGGUGGUGACACUUCCUUGUCUGUAGGGGACAGGCCAGAUGUCUGGCUUGAUGGUCUACAUCCUGAAGGUGUCUGAUCACUUCCUCCUGAUUAAAUUCAGGCUAACCUUUUUCCCAGGCGUUCCCUAGUGAAUGCUGUGUUUGUCCCAGCUCCGCCCACCCAGAGACCCAGAGAGUCCAGUCUGCCAUCACCAUCAUUGUGAGAGCAGCACUGGUUGCCUUCUAUGGGGGGCCUAUCAGAUCGUUCAUGGUCUUCUGUUUGGGUGUGACUCUGAGAAUGUGCGAAGAUGCUCUCUCUAAAGUCUGUCUCUACAAUGUUACCAUCUUUUAGUGAUCCCUGCAGUGUGUCACAACCGUAUCUGUUUGUAUGUUGGAAAAACUCUAGUUGUAUCAUCCUUGUGUAUGUAUAUUUGCUGGCAUUGUGCUGUGGAAAAGAACACUCCCUCCCCGUUCUAUAUCAUUAAAGUGUUUAUUUUGACAAUCA